CCCACCCUUGAUCUAAAUUCUUGAACAAUUAAGUACUACAUUUUCUGAUUUAAAGUCAUACUUUGCCAAGACAAUAUUUAGAUAAGUUGAUGCUGACAUUUUGUUUCUCACACAGAAAGUAAUUCAUUCCAGAAAUUUCACUUGAUACAAAAAAAUAAAAAGUGGACAGAAGCUCAGAGUUACUGCAGAGAGAAACACACAGACCUGGCCAGUGGACUGGAGCAGCUGCAGGAUGAGGAAGUGGAGAAUGAAAUCAGUCCUGGUGGAAGAUAUACGUAUGUUUUAAUGGGUCUGUUCAGAGACACCUGGAGGUGGUCAGAUGGAAGCAGUUUCUCUUUCAGACACUGGAAUAAAUGGUUUGACAAUCAGAUAAUCAACAGUGGUCAAUGUGCCAUGACUGUGUUUGGUGAUGGAGGCAGAUGGAAGAACGAGAACUGUGAUGAAAGAAAACCCUUCAUCUGUUAUGAUGAUAACGUGAUCCUGAUCAAAGAAAAUAAAACCUGGGAGGACGCCUUGACAUACUGCAGAGAUCAUCAUGAUGAUCUGGUCACCAUCACCAACAUGGAUGAUCAGAGAUGGAUCCAGGAGAAAACCAAGAAUGCAUCGACUCCUUUUGUCUGGAUGGGUCUGAGCUACGCCUGCACUCUGGAUUUGUGGUUCUGGGUCAGUGAUGAGGUGGUCAGCUAUAAGAACUGGGCCAAAGGUGAACCGAUGGACGACUGUGACAUGUCUGGAGCCAUGGAGACGGGAGGAAAACAUAAGUGGAGGAAGAAAAAGGAUACUGAGAAGUUUAAUUUCAUGUGUUCUAAGUAAAUCAAGUAGAACAUUUGCUGUGUAUAAAUAUUUAUAACCAGUUAUCAUUAGACCUGGGCUUCCAGGUUUUAGGUCCUGGGUGGUUUUUGAUAACCCUGGACAAAAUAUAAAGUACCAUAAAAAAUACUUACAUUAUGUCAGUAAAAUAUUACAAAAAUUCCAUCCUUAUUCAAAAAGAAGCAGGAUGCAUCAUUGCAUCUAAACCCUUCAAACAAAUUAACAGGUCAUAUAAAAAAUACAUUAGCAGAGUCAUAUGACAUGUCAAAGUACAUUUAACUGAAAACAUACCAAUUAGUUUAAUACAGUUGGAGGACUGGACUGCUGACCGUUUAACUCACUAUGAAAUAUAUUUGUAGGGCCAUAAACACAAACCUCUGUAUCUUCAGCUACCUUACCGGUCCAGACUAACGUUUUAAUUCCAAUAAACGAUUCAGGAAGCAGGGCUGCUGUACAAACUGACAGAUAUGACUCCCAACAUGGAGGCCCAUAAAUACGUGGAAAACAAAAAUUCUAAUUGAGAAAUUGAAACUAUAUAUCCUAUCUCUUAAGGUACUAUUCAUUAUAUAUUAUCCACAUAGGACUCUCAUUAGGGGGAAAUAAUGGGAUGACCUAAUCUGAGGUGCUUUAGUUUAUUCAUUUGAGCAGGAGGUACUGUCUAAACCUCAUGGUUAAAAAUAUUUCCAUAAAACUAAAAAAAAUCACAAUGAUUUUUUUUUUUGUUUCUUCAAAAUACUUGCCAGGCAUA